AGAGGCAGGGCAGCGCGGGGCGGGGAGCCGCCGCCUUCCUCUAAACAGGCGGGCGUGGGUGCCGAUGCGGCCGGCGGCGAGCGCGGGCUGCGGGCAGUGAGCUGGGCUCGCCCCGGGAGCGGCGGCCCGCGCCCCUGCCCCUGCCCCUGCCCCUGCCCCUGCCCCGAGCAGCCGGCCUUGGCGCGGGCGGGGCGGCCGGUUUGGAGCAGGGUCCAUCAUGGCCAGUGGCAGCUGUCAGGGGUGCGAGGAGGAGGACGAGGAAACUCUGAAGAAGUUGAUAGUCAGGCUGAAGAAUGUCCAGGAAGGAAAACAGAUAGAGACGCUGGUCCAAAUUCUGGAGGAUAUGCUGGUGUUUACGUACGCCGACCACGCCUCCAAGUUAUUUCAAGGCAAAAAUGUCCACGUGCCUCUGUUGAUCGUCUUGGACUCGUACAUGAGAGUCGCUAGUGUACAGCAGGUGGGUUGGUCACUUUUAUGCAAAUUAAUAGAAAUCUGUCCAGAUACAAUGCAAAGCUUAAUGGGACCCCAGGAUAUGGGACACGAUUGGGAAGUCCUUGGGGUUCACCAACUGAUUCUUAAAAUGCUCACAGUUCAUAAUGCCAGUGUAAACCUGUCAACAGUUGGACUGAAGGCCUUAGAGCUACUCCUAACUUCGGGUAAAAUCACUUUGCUAAUAUUGGAUGAAGAAAGCGAUAUUUUCUUGUUAAUUUUCGAUGCCAUGCGCACAUUUUCAGCCAGUGACGAAGUGCAGAAACUUGGAUGCAAAGCUUUACAUGUGCUGUUUGAGAGAGUUUCAGAGGAGCAACUGACUGAAUUUGUUGAGAAUAAAGAUUACAUGAUAUUGCUAAGUGCAUUAAAAAAUUUUAAAGAUGAAGAGGAAGUUGUGCUUCAUGUCCUGCACUGUUUGCAUUCCCUAGCAAUUCCUUGCAAUAAUGUUGAAGUCCUCAUGAGCGGCAACGUCAGAUGUUAUAAUAUUGUGGUAGAAGCCAUGAAAGCAUUCCCUGUCAGUGAAAAAAUUCAAGAAGUGAGUUGCUGCUUGCUCCAUAGGCUUACAUUAGCCAUUGUUUCAUUUCCUUGUCUUCUUGCACAGCCCCAAAUUACUAGUACAGGAUUGAAUAGAAGCGGUGAUGAUCUGCCAGGUAAUUUUUUUAAUAUCCUGGUACUGAAUGAGGUACAUGAAUUUGUGGUGAAAGCCGUGCAGCAGUAUUCAAAGAAUGCGACGUUACAAAUCGCAGCGCUCAGCUGUUUAGCACUCCUCACUGAGACCAUUUUCUUAAAUCAAGACUUAGAGGAAAAGAAUGAGAGUCAGGAGAAUGAAGAGGAGGAGGAAGAAGAGAAAUUGUUCUGGCUGGAAGCCUGUUACAAAGCAUUAACAUGGCAUAGAAAGAAUAAGCAUGUGCAGGAGGCCGCAUGCUGGGCAUUAAAUAAUCUCCUUAUGUACCAAAACAGUUUACACAAGAAGAUUGGAGAUGAAGACGGCCAGUUCCCAGCUCAUAGGGAAGUGAUGCUCUCCAUGCUGAUGCAUUCUUCGUCAAAAGAAGUCUUCCAGGCCUCUGCGAAUGCAUUGUCGACUCUGUUAGAACAGAACGUUAAUUUCAGAAAAAUCCUGUUGUCAAAAGGAAUAUACCUGAACGUAUUGGAGUUAAUGCGGAAGCACAUACAUUCCCCUGAAGUGGCUGAAAGUGGCUGUAAAAUGCUAGAUCAUCUAUUUGAAGGAAGUAACCCUUCCCUGGAUACAAUGGCAGCAGUGGCCCCCAAAAUAAUGGCAGUAAUGAAAAGUCAUGAGACGUCAUUGUCAGUGCAGCUGGAGGCACUUCGAGCUAUUUUACAUUUCAUAGUUCCAGGCAUGCCAGAAGAAUCCAGGGAAGAUACUGAAUAUCAACAGAAACUAAAUAUGGUUAAAAAGCAGUGUUUCCGGAAUGAUCUUCACAAACUGGUCCUUGCGGCUUUGAACAGGUUCAUUGGAAAUCCUGGGAUUCAGAAAUGUGGAUUGAAAGUAAUUUCUUCUAUAGCACAUUUUCCUGAUGCGUUAGAGGUGUUAUCCCUGGAAGGUGCCAUUGAUUUGAUACUUCAUACACUGCAGAUGUAUCCGGAUGACCAAGAAAUUCAGUGUCUGGGUUUAAGUCUUGUAGGAUGCUUGAUUACAAAGAAGAAUUUAUGCUUCGGAACUGGGCAUCUCCUGGCAAAAAUUCUGGUUUCCAGCUUACAACGAUUUAAGGAUAGUGCUGAAGUUCAGAGUAAAGGAUUUCAGGCAGUCUUGGCAAUAUUGGAACUGUCAGUGUCUUUUUCCAAGCUGCUGGUCCAGCAUGCCUUUGACUCGGUAAUAUUCCAUCAGCUGUCUUCCAGUAUCAUGGAACAAAAGGAUCAACAGUUUCUAAACCUUUGUUGCAAGUGCUUUGCAAAAUUAGCUAUGGAUGAUGAGUUAAAGAGUGUGAUGCUAGAGAGAGCAUGUGAUCAGAACAACAGCAUCAUGGUUGAAUGCUUGCUUCUCUUGGGAGCCGAUGCCAAUCGAGCAAAGGAGGCAACUUCUUUAAUUUGUCAGGUAUGUGAGAAAGCGAGCAGUCCCAAAUUGGUGGAGCUGUUACUGAAUAGUGGUUCCCGUGAACAAGAUGUACGGAAAGCGCUGACAAUAAGCAUUGGGAAAGGCGACAGCCAAAUCAUCAGUUUACUCUUAAGGAGGCUUGCCCUGGAUCUGGCCAAUAAUAGCAUUUGCCUUGGAGGAUUUUGUAUGGGAAAAAUUGAACCAUCUUGGCUUGGUCCUUUAUUUCCAGAUAAGACAUCUAAUUUAAGAAAAGAAAUGAAUAUAGGAUCCACCCUGGCAAGAAUGGUGCUCAGAUAUCAGAUGAAAAGUGCUGCCGAGGAAGGAGCAGCCUCAGGCAGCGAGGGCAAUAUUUCUGAAGAAGUACUUGAUAAAUUUGAUGAAUGGACCUUCAUUCCUGACACUUUUGUGGACAGUGUGUUUGGUCAAAGUGAUGACCUGGAUAGUGAAGGAAGUGAAGGCUCUUUUCUUGUGAAAAAGAAAUCAAAUUCAAUUAAUGUAGGAGAACUUUACCGAGAUCCUGCCUUGCAGCGUUACUCUCCAAAUUUGCAGAGGCAUUCCAAUUCAUUGGGACCCUUUUUUGAUCAUGAAGAUUUACUGAAGCAAAAAAGAAAAAAAUUGUCUUCAGAUGAUUCACUCAGGUCAUCAAAACUUCAAUCCCAUACGAGGCAUUCAGACAGCCUUUCUUCACUGGCUUCUGAGAGAGAAUAUAUUACAUCAUUAGACCUUUCAGCAAAUGAACUAAGAGAUAUUGAUGCCCUAAGCCAGAAAUGCUGUAUAAGUGGUCAUUUGGAGCAUCUUGAAAAGCUGGAGCUUCACCAGAACACACUCGCGAACUUUCCACAACGACUAUGUGAAACUCUGAAGUGUUUGACACAUUUGGACUUGCACAGUAAUAAAUUCACAUCAUUUCCCUCUUACUUGUUGAAAAUGAAUUGUAUCGCCAACCUUGACGUCUCUCGGAAUGACAUUGGACCCUUGGUAGUUUUGGAUCCUGCAGUGAAGUGCCCGACCUUGAAACAGUUUAACCUGUCGUAUAAUCAGCUGUCUUCUCUUCCUGAGAACCUCAAUGAUGUGGUAGAGAAAUUGGAACAGCUCAUUUUAGAAGGAAAUAAAAUAUCAGGACUAUGUUCCCCCUUGAGCCUGAAGGAACUGAAGAUUUUAAACCUUAGUAAAAACCACAUUUCAUCCCUGUCAGAGGACUUUCUGGAGGCGUGUCCUAAAGUGGAGAGUUUCAGCGCCAGAAUGAAUUCUCUUUCUGCAAUGUCUUUUUUGCCUUCUUCCAUGACAAGCCUAAAAUUAUCUCAAAACAGAUUUACAUGUGUUCCAGAAGCAAUUUUAAAUCUUCCACACUUGCGGUCCUUAGAUAUGAGCAGCAAUGAAAUUCAAUAUCUACCAAGUCCAGCACACUGGAAAUCUUUGAACUUAAGGGAACUCUUGUUUAGUCAUAAUCAAAUCAGCAUCUUGGACUUGAGUGAAAAAGCAUAUGCGUGGUCUAGAGUAGAGAAACUACAUCUUUCCCAUAAUAAACUGAAAGAGAUUCCUCCUGAGAUUGGCUGUCUCGAAAAUCUGACAUCUCUUGAUGUUAGUUACAACUUGGAACUGACGUCCUUUCCCAAUGAAAUGGGGAAAUUAAGCAAAAUAUGGGAUCUUCCUUUGGAUGAACUGCGUCUUAAUUUUGAUUUUAAACAUAUAGGAUGUAAAGCCAAAGACAUCAUAAGGUUUCUUCAGCAGCGGUUAAAAAAGGCCGUGCCCUAUAACCGAAUGAAACUUAUGAUUGUGGGGAAUACUGGGAGUGGUAAAACCACCUUAUUGCAGCAGUUAAUGAAAACCAAGAAAUCAGAUCUUGGGAUGCAGAGCGCCACAGUUGGCAUAGACGUGAAAGACUGGCCUAUCCAAAUAAGAGGCAAACGCAAGAAAGACCUCAUUCUAAAUGUGUGGGAUUUUGCAGGUCGUGAGGAAUUCUACAGCACUCAUCCCCACUUUAUGACCCAGCGAGCACUGUACCUUGCUGUCUAUGACCUCAGCAAAGGGCAAGCUGAAGUUGAUGCCAUGAAACCGUGGCUCUUCAAUAUAAAGGCUCGUGCUUCCUCUUCCCCCGUGAUUCUCGUUGGCACACAUUUGGAUGUUUCUGACGAGAAGCAGCGCAAAGCCUGCAUCAGUAAAAUCACCAAGGAGCUCUUGAACAAGCGAGGGUUUCCUGCAAUACGGGAUUACCACUUUGUGAAUGCCACUGAGGAAUCCGAUGCUUUGGCAAAACUUCGGAAAACCAUCAUAAAUGAGAGCCUUAAUUUCAAGAUCCGAGAUCAGCCUGUUGUUGGGCAGCUGAUUCCAGACUGCUAUGUGGAACUUGAGAAAAUCAUUUUAUCAGAGCGUAAAAAUGUGCCAAUUGAAUUUCCUGUAAUUAACCGGAAACGAUUAUUACAACUCGUGAAAGAAAACCAACUGCAGUUAGAUGAAAAUGAGCUUCCUCAUGCAGUUCACUUCCUAAAUGAAUCAGGGGUCCUUCUUCAUUUUCAAGACCCAGCACUGCAGUUAAGUGACUUAUAUUUUGUGGAACCCAGGUGGCUUUGUAAAGUCAUGGCACAGAUUUUGACAGUGAAAGUGGAAGGCUGUCCAAAACAUCCGAAGGGAAUUAUUUCACGUAGAGAUGUGGAAAAAUUUCUUUCGAAGAAAAAGAGAUUUCCAAAGGGCUACAUGUCACAGUAUUUUAAACUCCUAGAAAAAUUCCAGAUUGCCUUGCCAAUAGGAGAAGAAUAUUUGCUGGUUCCAAGCAGUUUGUCUGACCACAGGCCGGUCAUAGAGCUUCCCCAUUGUGAGAACUCUGAAAUUAUCAUUCGACUAUAUGAAAUGCCUUAUUUUCCCAUGGGAUUUUGGUCGAGAUUAAUCAAUCGAUUACUUGAAAUUUCACCUUACAUGCUUUCAGGAAGAGAAAGAGCACUUCGCCCAAACAGAAUGUACUGGCGACAAGGCAUCUACUUGAAUUGGUCUCCAGAAGCUUAUUGUCUGGUAGGAUCUGAAGUCUUAGACAAUCACCUAGAGAGUUUCUUAAAAAUUACAGUUCCUUCUUGUAGAAAAGGCUGUAUUCUUUUGGGCCAAGUUGUGGACCACAUUGAUUCUCUCAUGGAAGAAUGGUUUCCUGGCUUAUUGGAGAUUGAUAUUUGUGGUGAAGGAGAAACUCUGUUGAAGAAGUGGGCAUUAUAUAGUUUUAAUGAUGGUGAAGAGCAUCAAAAAAUCUUACUUGAUGAUUUGAUGAGGAAAGCAGAAGAAGGAGACCUCCUAGUGAAUCCAGACCAACCACGGCUCACCAUUCCGAUAUCUCAGAUUGCCCCUGAUUUGAUUUUGGCUGACCUGCCUAGAAAUAUUAUGUUGAAUAGUGAUGAACUGGAAUUUGAACAAGCUCCAGAGUUUCUUUUAGGUGAUGGCAGUUUUGGCUCAGUUUAUCGAGCAGCCUACGAAGGAGAAGAAGUGGCUGUGAAGAUUUUUAAUAAACAUACCUCGCUUAGACUGUUAAGACAAGAGCUGGUGGUGCUUUGCCAUCUCCACCACCCCAGCUUAAUAUCUUUGCUGGCGGCUGGGAUUCGUCCUCGAAUGUUGGUCAUGGAGUUGGCCUCCAAAGGGUCCCUGGAUCGCCUGCUUCAGCAAGACAAGGCCAGUCUCACCAGAACCCUGCAGCACAGGAUCGCACUCCAUGUGGCUGAUGGCUUGAGAUACCUCCACUCGGCCAUGAUUAUUUACCGUGAUUUGAAGCCCCACAACGUGCUGCUUUUCACCCUGUAUCCCAAUGCUGCCAUCAUUGCCAAGAUUGCGGACUACGGCAUUGCUCAGUACUGCUGUAGAAUGGGGAUAAAAACAUCAGAAGGCACACCAGGGUUUCGUGCACCUGAAGUUGCUAGAGGAAAUGUUAUUUAUAACCAACAGGCUGAUGUUUAUUCAUUUGGUUUACUACUCUAUGACAUUUUGACAACUGGAGGCAGAAUAGCAGAGGGUUUGAAGUUUCCAAAUGAGUUUGAUGAAUUGGCAAUACAAGGAAAAUUACCUGAUCCAGUUAGAGAAUAUGGUUGUGCCCCAUGGCCUAUGGUUGAGAAGUUAAUUAAGAACUGUUUGAAAGAAAAUCCUCAAGAAAGGCCUACUUCUGCCCAGGUGUUUGACAUUUUGAAUUCAGCUGAGUUAAUCUGCCUGAUGAGACAUAUAACAAUACCUAAAAACUUGAUUGUUGAAUGCAUGGUUGCCUCAAAUCAUAACAGCAAGAAUGCAAGCAUUUGGCUGGGCUGUGGGCACCCUGACAAAGGACAGCUUUCGUUCCUUGACUUAAAUACUGAAAGAUACACUUCUGAGGAAGUUACUGAUAGUAGAAUACUGUGCCUAGCCUUGGUGCAUCUUCCUGUCGAAAAGGAAAGCUGGAUCGUGUCUGGGACACAGUCUGGUAUGCUCCUGGUCAUCAAUACCGAAGAUGAGAAAAAAAGACAUACCCUUGAAAAGAUGACUGAUUCUGUUACUUGCUUGUAUUGCAAUUCCUUUUCCAAGCAAAGCAAGCAAAAAAAUUUUCUUUUGGUGGGAACUGCUGAUGGCAACUUAGCGAUUUUUGAAGAUAAAUCUGUUAAGUGUAAAGGAGCUGCUCCUUUGAAGACACUAAAUAUAGGCACUGUUAGCACUCCACUGAUGUGUUUGAGUGAAUCCAUGAAUUCAACUGAAAAAAGCAUUAUGUGGGGAGGAUGUGGUACAAAAAUCUUCUCAUUUUCUGAAGAUUUCACCAUUCAGAAACUCAUUGAGACCAGGACAAAUCAGCUGUUUUCUUACACAGCCUUCAGUGAUUCCAACAUCAUAGCAGUGGUGGUCGACACGGCUCUCUAUGUUGCUAAGAAAAAUAGCCCAUUUGUGGAAGUGUGGGAUAAGAAAACUGAAAAACUCUGCGAACUAAUAGACUGUGUGCACUUUUUAAAGGAAGAAAUGGUAAAAGUAAACAAAGACUCGAAACACAAAAUGUCUUAUUCUGGGAGAGUGAAAACUCUCUGCCUACAGAAGAACACUGCCCUCUGGAUAGGAACUGGAGGAGGCCAUAUUUUACUCCUUGAUCUUUCAACUCGUCGAAUUAUACGUAUAAUUCACAACUUUUGUGAUUCUGUUAGAGUCAUGAUGACAGCACAGUUAGCCCCUCCGGUACAUAGUUGUAUAUUCUUCGUUGUGGGUCCUUCUAGUUGUGGAAGUCUUAAAAAUGCCAUGCUGGUUUUGGGGUAUAACCGGAAAAGUACCGACGGUACACAACAGCAAAAAGAGAUACAGUCUUGCUUGUCUGUUUGGGACAUCAAUCUUCCACAUGAAGUGCAAAAUUUAGAAAAACAUAUUGAAGUGAGAAAAGAAUUAGCUGAAAAAAUGAGAAGAAUAUCUGUUGAAUAAAAAGGGUAUGGGAAAUCUUUGGAUGGGAAAAUUAUACUCUUAUAAAUAUUUCUUUAAAAAAUGUUUACAUAUGAAAAGGGAACUUCCACUCUUUUAAAUAGCUCAUCUGUAUAUGAAGGAAUGUUUAUAUGUCUUAUUUUAAAUAUAAAUACGUGUAGAAAUAGUUACCAGUGAAACUAUAUUUUAAAGAAUUAUUUAAAAAUGUAGUAUUGUAUUUCCUAUAUAUUCUAAUUAAUUUUGUGGAUUAAGUAAUGAAAGGAAACCUAAAAAGUACUUAACUGCAGUACUCAUAUUAAAAUUUACAAAGUGGAUAAUUUUUGGUUUGUUAUCCAUAAUGAAGGUAAAUUUUAUUUUAAAUUCUGUGCUUAAGAUAGGACUAUUACUUGAUUACUUUCUAGAUAUUCUGUAAAGUAGAAUAAAAAUAUUAGGAGAGUUUCAUGUAACACAUUCCUUCGUAGAUUGCUUUUAAGUGCAGUUAUCAUAAAUGCUUGUAAAUAGCCUGUGAAUUUGCACUAGUAAAGCCCUUCAUGAGGACAUGAGUUCUCUUUGUUGCUGAUGCAAACAAAGCAUCUCACACAACUUCACUCUAUCUAAAAGAAAACGCCGUGAGAAUUGCUGAUGAGAAAAUGUAACAUAUUGCCAAAGUCUUUAUAUCCAGGAAAGACACAGCCACUCUCUCUUUUCCUAUUUUGCAACUCUGUCUUUGAAUUGUGGAUACCCUGAAUUUUUAUAAUUGCUGUAAAUACAAUGUUCAGUCUUUUAAGUGGCAUUUCUAUGUUUUUAUUUUGGUUCUCAGCACCAAGCCAGACCACUGGCUAUUUGUUCCUAAUCUUCCUUACACUAAUGCUUACCCAUAUUCUUCCUAAAUUUGUGACCCUGAAAAUCCUCCAUCAUUCAGGUAGAAACCCUAUUUUCAGAAUUAUGGAAUUCCACAGCUCCCACCAAGACCAUGCGGAGUAUGUAACACUCCUCCAUUUGCUGAAGAAGAAAGGAGCUUGAGCUGUGAUGAGUGCCUGCUCACCUAGUCUUCUAAAUUAUAUCUAAAUUGUUUAAGUAUCUUUCCAUGAUAGGAAGAUCAAGCCAAGUAUGUAGGUAACAAUUUGAGUGUCAUUUCUGCUUUGAGAAAAAACGUUUUUCGUAAAUCCAUUGGCCUUGGCCAAUAUCCAUUAUUUUAAACAAUUCCUUAUAACAGGAUAACUACUCCAUUUAAUAUUCUCAGAACUGACUGGCAUUUUAUUAUAUGAAGACUUUAAAUUUCUUUGUAUUAAGUGUAAUAAAAUUCUUAGCCCUGAAAUAUUCUCCACUUUUCAAAGGGACCUAUGUUUUAAUUUGUUAUGUAGUUAAGAAAGAAGUCAGAAAUGAUGGAGGUGUUUGUUCCUGUGAUAUUUCAUAGUGUUCUGUUGUAUUUAUAUGCAAAUUUUUUACAGAUGACAAUUAUGGAGAAAUAUGUAAAUGAACAUUGUAUUUAAAUAGAAUAAUAAACAUUUUUUAAAGCACAUUUGUGAAUUUUAACACUUUGUGAUAUCUUGUUU